CACGCAGCUUGUCAAAAGGCCACUUGACUCCUGGUGGUUUCGAGACGUUUGCUCUACGUCGAAACGACAUUGAUUCUUGACUCAACACACGAGAACCCAGUCUCGUAUCAUCACAUCAUCAUGGCGCCCACCACUACUACAAAGACCGUGGAGGAGCCUGUAGGUGUCGCGAAGCCGCACACUGAAGCCAGGGUUGAUGCUGACCUCCCCAAGCCCAAGGAGACUAAGGAAAUUCCCUCCACAUUGGCGGAGAUGAGGGGGAGCAUCGAUGAGAGCACAUUCGAGCAGAUUCUGGAGAUGGAUGACGACGAUAGCGACAGAGAUUUCAGCAAGGGUAUUGUGUUUGGCUUCUUCGAUCAGGCGGAGAGCACAUUUAUCAAGAUGGAGGAUGCUUUGAAGGCGGAAAAUCUUAACGACCUGUCUUCUCUGGGACACUACCUGAAAGGUUCAUCAGCCACUCUCGGACUCACCAAGGUCAAGGAUGCAUGUGAGAAGAUUCAACACUACGGAGCCGGCAAGGACGAGACCGGUUCGACGGAUGAGCCGGACAAGAAGACCUCCCUUUCGCGCAUUGAGAAGACCCUGACCCAGGUGAAGGAGGAUUACAAGGAGGUCGAGGCCUUCCUGCGCAAGUACUAUGGCGAAGACGAGGAAUCCGCUUAAACUUCAGGACGAACAGAAACAGAAGGACGGGGUAGAAUCAGGCGAGAAUUCUGUGUCAGUUAACUGAAUAUACGCGCGAGAGCGAGGCCACACGCUCCGCCCGAGAUCAAUGAAAUCGAGAUCACCAAGUG